UUUGAGUCAGUUCUAAUCAAAAAGAUUUUGUCACACAAAUCAAAAUCAUAUGGUGUGACACUAUUUUGGGAUAUUUGAACGGGCAACUGUUUUGACACCCUUGGGAAGGAGAGGACCUUCUUCAGCAAUGUUGUACAGAACUAGCAGUGUAUUUCUACUGUUCAACCUGAGAUAAUGACCACAAGUGCAGAGAGGACAAAGAGAUACAGGGAGAGAGUGAAUACAGACCCUGCAAAGAGAGAGGAGUUGCUGAGGAAAAGAAAAGAAAACAACUGUCUGUUUCCAGGCAGAUUUCUUGAAGCCUGGCAAUACAUGAUAGCUAAAAUAUCAUCACUGUAGGCAGUGCAACUAAGAGGAACGCAGUUAGGAAAUGAAGAGAAUAAACAAUGUUGAACAGCUGUUAAAAUGUUCACACCAUUCGGUUAACAGAUAUCAAGAAAAGAAACAGAAAGGGGAGAUACCUAAAUUUAGAAUCCAGACUCUCCCACCGUCAAGAAGAGAGAAGCUGAGGGAGAUAUGGAGAAAUUCUCAAACAAAAUAUAGAGCCAAAAGAAGAAAUUUAAAUGCAUUACUCAACAUGACUCCCCCAGAUAACUCCAUCUAUGAAGGAGACAUCCAGGUAGACCCAGGUCCUACGUCACCAGCACCAAGCCCACACACUGAAAAGAUAAAAGAAGCUGAAUAAAUCAUUAAGGAGACUGAAGGAUCAGAACAAAAGGCUCCAGAGAAAAGUCAGCAAAGAAAAGAAGAGGGCUGAGAAAUAUAGGAAACAAAGUGUGAGGCAAAACGUAACAAAACUUGCCAGCCAGGAAAAAGUUAAAAAAUGAGAAAAAGGCUCAGGUGGAAUCCUUCCUGCUGUUAGAUGAAAAUAGCACUGUGCUUCCUGGGAAGAAGGAAACAGUAGGCAGGAAAGAGAAAAGAAAAAGACGAGAGCUGACUUCCUCACUAAAGGACCUUCAUAAGACCUACAUGCAAAAAUGUGAAAAAAAGCACCAGCUGUCCUACAGACAGUUCAUAAGUUAUAAACCUUUUUAUGUCACAGAGGCUAGGUCCAGCGACCGCAACACAUGUGCCUGCUGGGAACAUGCGAACAUCUCGCUCCUAAGUGAUGCUCUUUCAAGCAGAGGCUUGAUCACGACAAAAAGCCUGUCAGCACUGCUGUCAGGUAUCACAUGUGAUACUGAAAAUACAAAAUGCAUGCAGCGUGUGUGCACAAAGUGCUGUUAUGAUGAGCCCGACCUGCAGGACCACAACCCAGCUGACACUCCAACAUGGGAGCAGUGGGAGAAGCAGGAUGUUGUAGUGGGAGAGAGAAGCUACAAGAACUGGGUGAAGAAAAAGAAGAGGGGGACAGUAGGAGAGCUAACUGGUGUGUUCAACCAGAGGCUCAAUGCAAUUGCGAGUCAUCAGUUAAACUGGCUUCAUCAGGUGAAACAGUUCAGACACAUCAAGGAGAACAUCCAUGCUAAUGAAAUGGUCUUACACAUAGACUUUUCUGAGAACUAUGCAUGUAAACUCAACACUGAAAUUCAGGCCUUUCAUUUCGGUGGCAAUAGGCAGCAGGCCACAAUGCAUACUGGAGUUGCCUACUCAGUUGGUGGCUCCCAGUGCUAUGCCACCAUUUCCCAGUCCUUGCGUUAUGAGCGUGCCGUGUGGGCACACAUCAAGCCAGUUAUUGAUGAUUUCCGAAGAAGACAUGAAAAUGCAAUCGACACCCUGCAUGUCCUCAGUGAUGGGCCAGCAACCCAGUACCGGAAUCGAUCAAACUGCUUCCUCAUGAGCAGCAUUCCCUAUGCAUGGGGAUUCAAGAGGGUCACCUGGAACUUUUCAGAGCGUUCCCAUGGGAAGGGUGCACCUGACGGUGUGGGAGGAGUGCUGAAGCGUAAGGCAGACAUGUAUGUCCUCGGAGGCAGUGACCUACAAACACCAAGGGAUCUGUAUGAGUAUUUACAAAAGUCCUCUGAAAAUGUCACCAUCAUGUGGAUUGAAGAAGAGCAGAUCUCCACCAUGGAUGAAAUGCUCCCUCCCUCAGUGCGUCCAGUGACUGGAAUCAGCAGUACAAACCAAGUUCUGUCUUUUGCUCCAGGAAAGAUAUUUUACAGAGAUCUUAGGUGCACAUCCCUGGAUACUGGCAGAAACAACUGUCACAAGCUGCACCAACUUGAGUUUGACCAUGUUUUCCCUGAUGAGGUGCCAGGUGACAAGACAAGUGAUGAUGGUGGCCCAUCUGCUGAAGUGUCCUCUGUUCAACCUAGCUGGCCCACUACAGCUUCCCGAGCCCAUGAUGGUGGCUCUGCUACAGAGGUGCCUUCUUCUCCAUCCAGCUUGCCCACUAGAGAGCCCAAGCCCACUCUUCUACUCAGGUGCUGUAUGCAUGUGCCCAAUCAAGUGCAUCAAUUGGCGAGGCCCAAGCUGGACAGUUUGUCUUAAUUAAGUAUGAGGGAAAACCAUAUGUGGGACAAAUUGUUGCCAUAAGUAUGGAGGGGCUGCAGGUGAACUGCAUGAAACAACGUGGAGACAAAAAUGGUUUUGUCUGGCCAAUUAGGCGAGACUGCAUUUAUUAUCAAGAUCAGGAAGUUGUUUGUGGCUUAUCACAACCUCAGCAAGGCAGUCGGUUUGCUACUCUCCAAAUUGACUGGCUUAUGUACAAUGGAGUCUAGAUGAACUGAUUUAUUUGUGGAUCCACUCAGCCACGCUGUAUGUUCACAGUUCAUAUGAUAUAAAAAAAAAAUGGUUGUUUUACUUAUAUUAAUACAUAUUGCAGACCAGUUUUGAAUUGAAAUGAAAUUUGAUACACAAACAUAUGUUCAUAUGGUUCAUACAAUAUAUAAAAAAUGUUUGUUUUAUUGUUAAAUAUCAAAUAAAUCAAUAAAAUUUGUAUAUUGCCUUGCAGCA